AUGGAUGAAUACGACCCCAACAUUGUAGCCAGACUGGUGGCACUGAAUGAGAGGACACGGAAAGCCUGGGCCCACCCACACAACAAACACUUCUAUGUGCCGGCUUCAUUUCGAGGCUUCCCAGUACAUGGAGAAAUAAGCCGCGAGUCCACACCAGUCGAGGAGGACAGUGACAGCGACAGUCAUGUCAAAGAAAGCGAGCCUGAACUUAGGAUAACCUUUGACAGUCGCCCAAAGAAUGUCAGCAAAGGUUGGACCUUUGGCAGCGAUCAAAACUUGUGCGAUGUGUAUUGUGGUGAACACGACAGAAAAAACGACUACUACAUCGGCAGGCAGACGUUUUUGAUUACGAUAAGCAAGCGAGGCGACGUGAUCUUGAAGCAUAUCAAGAACACAAACCGGACGAAGGUCCAGUACAACUCUCAAAAGGUUGGGGACCGACGGGAGUUUAUCUGGAUCAUGUUACCAGAAUGCCGGAGCAUUGUUGUUACUUCGGCCAACCAGCUCAAGUUUCGGGUCAUAGUGGCGAAGCACGGCGCCAAGACAGAGUUGUCGCGAGGGCUAUUUGCCCAUUUUCUCAAGGACGUCGAGGACUCAAUGCCAUCGCUACCGCUUCUUUUGGUGGACAGUGAGGCAACGACUGCAGACACUAGCCUAGUGUCUACACCAAAGACGCAGCCUUUCUACUACCGGCGUGAAGCGGGAGAGCUUGGACGUGGAUCCUUUGGAAAAGUUGAUGUUGUCGUGGACGUGAGCACCGGAUUCGAGUACGCAGGCAAGUCGUUCUUUGGGGACUUCGAGCGAAGCGAGCCAGAUAUCCUGGCCAAGCAGAACCACGAGAACAUCCUCGGAUACGUGGCCUUGUCCAAUGAUGACGGCCCUCUUCUGGUCACGGAGUAUCUCAAAGAGGGGAAUUUGAGUCGCCCAUGGCGGCUGAAUGAUCGAUCUCCGUGGCAGCCGAUCCAGGUUUUUAGCAUCCUGGCACAGUCUCUUCGUGCGCUCGCAAGCUUACAUGCUAGCCCGAAUUGCGUAACCCAUCGGGACAUCAAACCCGAAAACAUCUUAGUGGCAGAUCGUGAACGCACGACAAACCCUGGAGAGCCCGGGCCCUGGAUCAAGAUUGCGGACUUUGGCCUGGCAACAGAAGGCACUAAGUGUGAAGGCUCAGCCGGUACUUGGCUUUACCAGGCCCCUGAGGUAUUCGGUCAAGAAUACGACUCAAAAGUUGACAUAUGGUCUUUGGGCGUCGUCAUCUUGCAACUGCUUCUGGGAGGACGCAUACCCAAGCCCAGCCGAGGUUACUUGCAAGGGCCACAGUGGUGCGAGGACGUUAUCCUUACAACGAGGCAGAAUUUUUCUUUUUCUUUUUUCGCAGAUGGAAAACGCUGCGAGAGGAACAAAAAUACGUUGGAGACCAUGCUGUGGGGAUUCAUCACGAACUUCAUGCUCAAGUAUGAUCCGAAAAAGAGACUGUCAGCGCAGGAGUGUCUCAAUGCUCCCGUUUUUUCACAGAUACAGUCCGGCUUGGGAUUAGCGUUGGAAAGGCAACGAAAAGAUGUAGGUCAGCAAUGUAGUGGGGUUUCGGUCGACCUUAAGGUCAACGAAGAGGCAAAACGCAUCCCUACACAUUCGGACAUUGGAAAGGCGUCCGAGUCAGAGAAUGAAUGGUCCUCCUUGUACUCUGGUGGUGAGGCUCAGACUGAGCCAGAGCUUCGCGCCAAUCCGGUCCUUAAAUCAUCACAUGCAAGAGCCCCGAUGUACUGCAACAACACGUCACCGGCAACCUACGACCCGGGUGUGGAGGAGACCGUGGCCUUGAAAGGGCAAGGGUCCAAUGGAUCUAAGACUGCAGUGCCACCACACACAUUGAGGCCAGACGAUCCACAGCCGCUUAGCUAUGGACUGGCACUGGGAGACAAGCACGAUAAUCUCCGGAAAACAGUAAGGAAAGGCUAUUGA